AUGGCCCAUUCCAUGCGAAUGCUUGAGACGAAUGGCACCUCAGGGAGACAGGCCCAGUCCGAGUACGGUGUAGUUGCAGUAAUCCCCUCAUGCCGAACCGUGGAAGUCUUGGCAGAGUCCGAUAUGGGAAAAAGGGCUGCCUUAUUGGUUCCUGGCCGUCGGCGUAGCCAAUUUCCCUCUGGUAUCAUCCUAUCCUGCUCGUACAUACGCAGGAUCUAUGCAUUGCUCGCGGGGGCCAUGAGUAGGAACCGUCUCCUCGAAAAGUAUUACCGUAUGCAGAAUGAGUGGAUGGAGCCGCUAGAGCAGUAG